GGCAAAAUAUUUUCAUUCCGUAUCCCACGAAGAAGACGAAGAGGCGUAAACUUCCGGGUUUCAAAAGCUUGAUAGCAACGAAUACAACGCAGCUCACACCGAGGGUUGUGAGUUUUUAAAAACUGUAACAGUGUUUUUUACUGAGAUGGGAUCGCCAACCAAAGAUGCCACACCACACAGAACCAACAUUCGGACUCCUGGUCGGGAACCUGACUCCCCACUACCUCCCGUCAGUGAACGUCUGGCAAACCUGCGUCCAUCCAGGGAGCUACUGGAGUUCUACAGACAGAAGAUCGCCCAGUUUGACUGUGAACACGAGGAGCUGCUGCAGAUGCUGGAGAAAUACAGAGGCAUUACAGAGGACCAGCAUAAGCUACAGUGGGAGAUACGGCAGCGUGAGGGAGAGAUUGCUGAGCUGCAAAACGCUCUGAGCGACAUGCAGGUUUACCUUUUCCAGGAGAGAGAACAUUCUCUCCGGCUUUACGCAGAAAAUGACCGACUAAAGAUCAGAGAGCUGGAGGACAGGAAGAAAAUCCAACACCUUCUUGCUCUGGUGGGUCCUGAUGCUGGAGAGAUCACAUAUUUCCACCGGGAGCCUCCUCACAAGGUUACUAUCACUCAGAGGAACCCUGAGUCUGGGUUGGAGGAAAAUCUCAGUCUCAGGCCAACCAAGUUAAGACCCACUGUGAGCAGGAAAGUAGAGAGUAGCAGAAGAACAAAACCAGCAGAGGGAGUAAAUGGAGAGAGCCUGGAACAAUACAAGAACGACAACCAGACUUUAUUACUACAGGUGGAGGCGCUGCAGGCACAGAUGGAGGAACAGACCCGUCUGGCCAAAGAACAAGUAGAGUCUCUGCUGGAGGAUAGACGGAUUAAAACAGAGGAGGCACAGGCACAGCAGAAGAGAGACCAGGAGCGCAUCACAGCUCUGACUGACAAGCUGCAGCGAACCCAGAACCUGUUGUACGAAAGCACCAAAGAUUUCUUACAGCUGAAGUUUGACACGCGGGCUCAUGAGAAGAGCUGGAUGGUGGAGAAGGACCGGCUGCUGAGGGACCUGGACUCCUGCCACAACCGUUUGAGGAAGGCCGGGUCUGCCGGCACUGAGCCGGGCCGUACGUGGCAGCCCAGCAGCAGCACAGCCCUGCGCCUCCCACGGCCUCAGCCAGAGUCACUGCAGACACACAAAGAGGAGCUAAAGGCGCUGCAGGAGGAUCUGAAGCAAGCCCACCGUCUGGCAGAGAUGUACAGAGAGCAGUGUAUUACUCUGGAGACAGACCUGGCCCAAAUCAGAGAGGAGGGAGAUGUGGGCAGGGAAAUAUUUAAGGAGCGCUCAGACAAAAUGGCCAAGCGUCUUCAGCUGAUGACUCAGCGCUAUGAAGCACUGGAGAAGAGGAGGGUCAUGGAGGUGGAGGGCUUCAAGACCGACCUGAAGCACCUCAGACAGAAAUUCAAAGAUGUUGAAAAGCAGCUCGUUAAGGUUACUCUGAAUGUUGGGCCCAACCAGGACCUAGCUAUUCUGCAUGAAGUACGCCAGACCAACGCCAGGACAAAAAAGGUUCAGGGCGAGCUGAUGACGCUGAAGGCCAAAAUCUACGGGCUAGAAAAUGAAUUGAGGUUUAGCUGAAGAACAGACUGUGAUGUUCUGUGUCUGCCUAUAGAGGAGAAUCUCUGUGAGGUUUAUCCCAGUCGUGUAUGUUUGUGCUACUGUGUUUGUAACUGAAACUAGGACUGAAUGUCAUUACUAUGUUGUAUUUUGGAGCGCUAAAUAAAGAUGAUUUAUUGCAA